CGACAGCUGUACACUUUAUAAAAGUUAGCUGACGAAAACUAGUCAUAGUGCGUCGGUGGUUUCGAGAACACAUUUCGGAUUAAAUUUGUUUAUAUUUUUGUGCGUAUUCUAAUCAAAAAUACUGUAAAAUGCGUGUGCGUUUACUAAUUUGCACAAUUAUAGUUGUGCUGGCCGCAAUAAAUCAAGCAAAUGCUGUGAUGACAAUGGAACAAAUUCAAAAAACCGCAAUGACCAUGCGAAAUACGUGUGUGACAAAAUCUCACGCAGACGCCGGAGCUGUCGCAGCAAUACAGAAAGGCGUAUUCCCAGAUAACAAUCAAACGUUGAAAUGCUAUACACUUUGUAUAAUGAAGGCAAUGCGAACUUUCAAAAAUGGACGCAUAGAUGACGGCAUGAUGAUCAAACAAUUGGAUUUAAUGAUGCCAGCUGACAUGGCGGGUCCUUUGAAAGCGACUGCGACUAAAUGCGCAGGAGAACCACCUGCUGGCGACGAUUGCGAAACAACUUAUCAGUUUGUGAAAUGCAGCUAUCAAACAGAUCCGGAUCACUUCUUCUUCCCUUAAUCGACAUCAAAUGUAGAUGAUAAUAAUAAUACGAUCGCAUACAACGAAAAAAUGUAAUUAUAUUUAGCAUUAGGCAAACAUAAGAAUGUACAAAUAUAUUAAUUUCAAUCGUCUAUGUUACGAGAAUUGUGUAAUCGUAAUAACUUUAUGAAUUAAUAGAUUGUGGCAAAGUGGAAUAUACAUUACUAUACAUAACUAUACAUUAGUAAUAUUAAUAAUUAUUAAUAUGCAAUGA